AUGGUGAGGAACGGGAUUCGAAAUGCGCGGAGGAAUUCCAAACAUGCGUGUGGGUGGGAUGGGGAUUACGGUGAUGCUGGCGAUGCUGGUGAUGUUGAAGAGGAUGUUGAGGAGGAUGUUGAAGAGGAUGUUGAGGAGGAUGUUGAAGAGGAUGUUGAAGAGGAUGUUGAAGAGGAUGUUGAGGAGGAUGUUGAAGAGGAUGUUGAGGAGGAUGUUGAAGAGGAUGAUGUUGAAGAGGACGUUGAAGAGGAUGUUGAAGAGGAUGUUGAAGAGGAUGUUGAAGAGGAUGUUGAGGAGGAUUUUGAAGAGGAUGUUGAAGAGGAUGUUGAAGAGGAUGUUGAGGAGGAUGUUGAAGGAGAGAAUGUUGAAGAGGAUAUUAGUAGUGAUGUUAGUGAUGUUGGAGAUGACGUUAGUGGUGAUGCUAAAGAUGAUGUCAGUGGUGAUGUUAAUGGUGAUGUUUAUAAUGAUGCCAAUGAGAUGGACGAAAUAUAG